AUGUGUCCGGACACCAAGACCAGCCAGAUGUGUCCGGACACCAAGACCAGCCAGAUGUGUCCGGACACCAAGACCAGCCAGAUGUGUCCGGACACAAGACCAGCCAGAUGUGUCCGGACACCAAGACCAGCCAGAUGUGUCCGGACACAAGACCAGCCAGAUGUGUCCGGACACCAAGACCAGCCAGAUGUGUCCGGACACCAAGACCAGCCAGAUGUGUCCGGACACCAAGACCAGCCAGAUGUGUCCGGACACCAAGACCAGCCAGAGGUGUCCGGACACCAAGACCAGCCAGAUGUGUCCGGACACCAAGACCAGCCAGAUGUGUCCGGACACCAAGACCAGCCAGAUGUGUCCGGACACCAAGACCAGCCAGAGGUGUCCGGACACCAAGACCAGCCAGAUGUGUCCGGACACCAAGACCAGCCAGAUGUGUCCGGACACAAAGACCAACCAGAGGUGUCCGGACACCAAGACCAGCCAGAUGUGUCCGCACACAAGACCAGCCAGAUGUGUCCGGACACCAAGACCAGCCAGAUGUGUCCGGACACAAGACCAGCCAGAUGUGUCCGGACACAAGACCAGCCAGAUGUGUCCGGACACCAAGACCAGCCAGAUGUGUCCGGACACAAGACCAGCCAGAUGUGUCCGGACACCAAGACCAGCCAGAUGUGUCCGGACACAAGACCAGCCAGAUGUGUCCGGACACCAAGACCAGCCAGAUGUGUCCGGACACCAAGACCAGCCAGAUGUGUCCGGACACCAAGACCAGCCAGAGGUGUCCGGACACCAAGACCAGCCAGAUGUGUCCGGACACCAAGACCAACAAAAGACGUGUAUCUGCGGUGA